AUCAGCAAAACAACUACAAACAACAACACAACAAACCAACAACAACAACGAGCCAAAAAACAACAACAACAAACCAAAGAACAACAACAACAAAAACAAACUAGAGAACAACAACAACAAACCAAAGAACAACAACAUCAACAACAAACCAAAAAACAGCAGCAGCAACAAAGCAACAACAACAACAACAAACCAAAGAACAGCAGCAACAACAACAACAACAACAAAAAAAUAGAGAUGUCCCAACACCACAAAAUCCAGUUGAGUAUCGUGAAGAAACCGUACGACCGACCGAUCCACUUCAAAGUUGACGGUAAGAGAUUCGACCAGGAGAGAACCGUCAAAUUCAACGUCAACGCAAAAUACAUCGUCAACAUCACAGUCACACCUCCGCUCAUCAUCGAACAGCUGACGAUGAUGGGUGCUAAACUGGAGGUGGACGAGAUGAAGAGGACCGACGAGGAGGUUGCAGUCUUCAGGGCCGAGAUGGUAACUUCCGGUUUAACUAAAGACAUCAAGGGCUCCAGACAGAAAUUUCCAAUUCAAAUACAGUUCAAAAACACCGGUGAAAUGCUGACGAACUUCCAGUGCAAAUUCUACGGAGAGCAUGAAACACAGCACACCUGCUGGGGAAAUCCACUGAACCACAUCGAGUAUGAUGUUCACCUGUCUGAAGGAAGGUUCAUCAUUGAAGCCGAACACUUUAGGUGACCUGGUUUCGUUUGGUGUGACCUAGUUUCGUUUAGUGUGACCUGGUUUUGUUUAGUAUGACCUAGUUAUUUACUGUGACCUGGUUUAGUGUGACCUAGUUAGUUAUUGUGACCUAGUUUUGUCUUGUGUGACCUAGUUAUUUAUUUACUGUGACCUGGUUU